AUGGCUCUGGACGACAUAUAUCGCCAACUACACCACCUCGACAACUUGGAGCAAUCCCUGACCCCUCGACCAAAACCCCAGGAUUCAGAUGAAGAAGAUGAAUACGAGGACGAGGAAUAUGGGGAGAAGGCCAGCCCAGUAGAAGAGGACCCCGAAACAGCUCGGACAAAACAAAUCCUCCACGACCUGCACGCGCGACAGGCCGCGCUGCGAGACCAGGCAAUGACUCUCUCCCGGCCCAAUAUCCGGGCCCUCGCUCUGCUCGAUCUGCCCAACGAUCUCCUCUGCAAGGUGCUGGACUACUUUCGAGAUUCAAGGACAGAUCGCGGCUGGAUCAAGCGGCAUCAUACGAGGUCGCCUGACAACCAAAUCUGCCACCGCACCAUCCAGAGCGCCCGUCUGGUCUGCCGACUCUUCAACGACCUCGCAACGCCGCUACUCUGUCCGAUCCUGCGCGUCAACCUGGACCAGGAGUCCCUUGACCGCGCAACGAAGCUAUCUCGCUCUCCUAGAGUGGCGGCUGGAAUUCGUGCCGUCCUUGUCGAUGUGCGGUACUGUCCGCAAGAGCUCGCGGUUGAUCUGGCCAGGUUCAGGAAAUUCCGUCGCGAACAGUUAGGCGAGAUCGAAAGCUACUGCGACUGGGUGGUUGAAGGAGCUGCGCUGGCAAGCUCCGAUGGCGAAGUAGUCACAGGGGGACCGCCGACUAAGUAUGAACAGGCGAUGGACUGCUACAGGGAUAUCGUACAGGCAUGGCACGCCUACGCCAAUGAUGACAGCAGUGAUUGUGAUCGAGUCGCAGGGCCGUCUAGGAAAGCAGUCAUCUACCAGGACAUCCUCACGCAGGCCCACGAGAUCUUCCGCCAAAGGCACCAAGAGCAGCUGCAGCUACUCGAGUCCCAAUCCUAUGUGCGCACUCUCGCGGCGUGCAUCACCAUGAUGCCCAACAUCAUAUCUCUCGCCUUCACGGACAAAGACCACCCUGCCGUAUCCUACAAGACCAAACCAGAGAUCCUGUGGGACAACACGCUCCUCGCAGAGUUUAUGACGACAAGCAUCCAGUGGACCCAGAUAGAGGACCUCCCGGAUUGUGCACUCGUCCCAGCCCGUCUUCUCUGCGAUCUGCCCAUCGCCAUCCAUCGCUCUGGCGUCACCCUGCGCGAUCUCUUCAUCGGCCCGUUUCCGCUUCUACGUGAUUUCGCGCUCCUUGCGCCGGAUGCCCAGGAGGUCCCCACGGUAUGGACUGAUCUCCGCGCCGCCUGUCGCUCCCUCCGUCGAGCCAGUUUCGGCGAGCAGCUCAACAUCCAAAAGAUCCGACACGACCAUCUCGUCCCCGACGACAAACGCUAUGUCGACGAGUAUAUUAGCGCGCUGCUGUCGAGCCCAGACCUCGAGGACGUCUGCCUCCGCAUGUACCCCUUCUCCCUGGAUGACGGCUGGGAUACGAAGCACGGGAUGUACGAUAUCAGCUCUGUCCUUGCCGCCGCGCGCUGGCCGCGCAUCCGCCGCGUGUCUAUCAUUUCGCUUUCCCUGACACAGGAGGCUCUCGAUGCCUUCUGCGCGGGUCUGCCCCAGAGCACCAUGGACUACCUACACCUUGUGCUAAACCUUCUCGCCGGUAGCUGGGCCCCGGCCCUCGAUGCACUCCGCGCAAAGCUGCGUCCGCAGGCCACGGUCUACUUUCGCGCCCCAACGGGAGGCGAGUUCGAAGCUCUCGGUGCGCACAAACGAGUGCGCACCUCUGACUGGCUGUUCAAUCCAAACUUCAAAUACCCCGAGACGCCAACGUUGGUGAGGCAGGCGGCGGCGUAUCUCGCUGGUGCUGACAUGGUUAAUCCGCUCUGCUAUAGCUGA